GAGCGAGGGUGGGAGAGAGAGAGAGGGAGAGAGGAGGGGGAGAAUCGGUUACCGGGUCACGAUCGUCGAAAAACGUGGUUUUCCGUCAACUGGCCAUUUAUACGUGUACUUAUACACAGGCUGCAGAUAAAGCCCUGUCUGUGCUCAGUAAUAAGGAAUAAUCGAAAUGACCGCAAUGCAUCCAAAACGUCGUGACCUUCGCUAACUUCGGGAGGCGAGCCCACGGACACGGUGUGGAAGACGCUCGUGGGCACGAUGGCGAGAAUAAGAAGAUGAGUCGCGGGCAUUCGCGCAGCGCGCGGCUCGGACGCGGUCGCCGCACACAGAUCUGAGGCGCACUGCGCGCUCCAUUGCGGGCGGAGGGCUGAGUAACGUCCGCGGAGCCGCUCGCGCCCGCGGCGGGAGUAAUUCAGCGCGCGCACAUUUAUAUGGAACCGACUGUUACAACGAUGCCGCAGAUGAUCGCUCAAUCAAUUAGUUAAUUAAAUGGCAGCAAUCGAAGCCGAAGGUGGUUGGGGUUCAGACCCUGCGCCUCCCCCUCUCCUUCGCCCUUGCUGAGAUGUUCUCGAUAUUCCUGGAGAGCGACGGAAUAAAUAAUCGCGGUGAGAUCGCAGACGCGAAGGCCACCUUCUCCCACCGAGCUUCUCAAGGAUAUAAAGGCCACCAUCAUCAGCAGACACGGUACCGCUGAUCUCGGUUCGGCACCGGGAGACCGUGAUCGCUCGGGUCGGGGAGACAGGGACACCAAGGAAGGAGGAGGAGGAGGAGGAGGAGGAGAGGCCACCUCAACCUGCAUGCCACGGAGGAGAAGAAGAAGUGGAGCCGGCAGCUCCGGGGCCACCGCCGGGGUCACCAUAUAGCUUUAAGGGUGGUGGUGGUGGUGGUGGUGGUGCGGGGGUCUCCAUGAAGAGCAUCUGACAGGACGGAUCUCGGCCCUGCGCCCGACCUGGUCCUCAGCCUGAGACUUGGUCCUGGUCCGACGGCUGCUGUGUGGAAGUUUUGAUGCAUAUGAUCACAACCACGAUGAUCUUCAUGAUUCUCGGGGCUUCAGUUGUGAUGGCGAUCGCGUGUCUGAUGGACAUGAACGCACUUCUGGACCGCUUUCACAACUACAUCCUGCCGCAUCUGAGAGGGGAGGACCGCGUCUGUCACUGCAACUGCGGGAGGCAUCAUGUUCACUAUGUGAUCCCAUACGAUGGGGACCAAUCUCUGGUGGACUCUUCUGAGAACUACUUUGUGAGUGACAGUGUAACCAAGCAGGAAAUGGACCUGAUGUUGGGGCUUCUGUUAGGCUUCUGUAUCAGUUGGCUGCUGCUGUGGCUUGACGGGGCAUUGCACUGUGCCGUGAGGGCCUGGAGGAGCAGCCGCCAGUAUGAUACCCCUUCCUGGUCGUGGCUUCCAAGGUUCUGUAACCUGCGGGACCUGCGCAGACGUGCGCACUUGCGUCAGCUCGAAGACUCCAGUGGAAACAUGGUGCACAUCAAGCAGAAGCUCUACCACAACGGACACCCCAGCCCUCGUCACCUCUGAGACUCUGUAGAGCUGCUGCCCUCAGACUGUCCCAUCUGUCCCCUACUGUCCCAUCCAGGCUGCUGCCUUGGAGACUCUGGAAACACAAGCUCAGACACAGUCCAACAACUAUCCAUCUCGACUGCCCUUUGAUAAAGGAAGGAAACUUUAGGUAAUUCUAGACUCUGAGAUCACUUAUUUUGCUAGGUGAUGCUGCAUUUGUGAGGGGGGUUUGUGUGCAUGGAUACAUUUCUGGUGUCUCGCAUUGGAACCUGACAGGGUGGCACAGCGCUAGGCUGAAGAAGAGAAGUUUCGGGGGGAAGUAAGGGUAGGGGGGUCAUUUUCAGGGCAAGCACAAGGAGUGGUUGGACUCUGGGCAGUAAAUUUACUGAGUCCUAGGAUUUUUUUUCUGAUGAUAGCAAUUGCUGAUUAUGUAAAUAGGAUCUUAGAUGAUUUUAAAACAAGUAAUCUUUGGUGUGGGUGAAACAGGACUGAGGUGGGGAGAGGAAUAAGGUAGAAGAAAUGGGAAGGGGAGCAGAAAGUAGAGGACACAGAUGAGAACAGGUGUGAAUGCCGUAUUAUAGAAAAUUAUUUGCUGUCAUUUACUUUAAAACUAGGGCAGGUCUCUUUCAUUAUUCCACGUCAAAUGGGAAAGAGGAAAGGAAGAUUUUCUACACUGUGCCAGUGGUCUACACUCAGUGCGAAAUAAGACGCAUCAGGAGUUCUGUGGUGAGGAAAGAGGAUCCUGGGGGGUGGUGAGAAUGCAUAGGUACCUGGUGCUCCUUUCCAAAGCUCCCUGUUCAAAGCAACCAGUGUCCAUGGUCUUCCUGGAAAACUGUGCCCUUCCACUAUUGUGACGCUUGUUUGGUUAGAAUGGUCUAAGGCAGGACAGAGAAGACACUGCAGCCCUGUGUGUGUGGGUUCAGGCAUGAAGGCGCCAGGCAUGAGAAGCAACGUCACCCUCUUCUCUCCGAGAUGAAAGGCACAAGAGCGAAAAAUGAAGGACGUGGGUGUCUUUUUUUUUUUUUUUUUUUUAACUGGUCUUCCUUCUUUGUCCAUUUCGUCUGCCUCGGUGUCUGCCCCUACUGGUGAACCACCAAACAAACACAAACGAAAAAAGCCCUACUGAGAUUCAGAAAAAUCCUUUUUUUCAGGGAAUACCAGCUCAUUAAUUGAAUAAUUAUUUUUGGAAAAAAAAUUAUACGAACAUUUCAACCAUGAACUUGAUAUGGUUGAUAGGACUAUUUGACAUGAUUCCAUUUUUAACAGAUAUUUGAUUACAAUGUAUGGGCUUGACUGAGUGUUUGUGCAUGACUAGCAUCUGCGUGUGUGACUCGGAGGCUAUGCGACUGAGCAGCUCCCGGCCCCAGCGGACCUGUAGGCGUUUGUGUCCCCAAGCGAAGUGGGGUGGAUCUGAUGUGGGUUAGCUCCGGCCAGUCCCCUCCCACUUGUUCAGACCCCGUCCUUUUUUUCGCUCCAACUUCCAGCCCUCCCCAGACCUCACACCCAGUCCAGACAUUGCUGUUGUGUAGAUGACAUGUCUGUGUUUUAUUAAAAGUGCCACUGAAGUACAACAGCGGGUUUAGUGUUUGAUUGUAUGGAUCUUUAGCACCAAGCAUGUGCAUAAAGGGGUUCUACAAAAUACUGAAAAGUACGGGCAGUCCCCAGGUUACGAACAUCCGACUUACGUACAAACUGUAGUU